UCCUUGCGCACGAAGGGGCAGAGCUUCUGGAGGUGGCCUCAGUCUCGGCAGUUCGCGUUGGCCUCUGAGAGGGACGGUGCGGCAUGCAGGCCCUAGAGGAUGACGCCAGGGGUGCCACGAACGGUGCAGGAGGCCUGGGCAACCAGCAGAGCCCCCAGACUCCUGAGGGCCGGAGUUCAGGCAGUCUAGAAGUCAAGGGUGACCACAGUGGCCCGGAAGGCCAGGGCGGCCCUGGCAGUGAAGGAGCAGUGGCCGAAGCUGCUGUUGCUCCUCCCCAGGUUGAGCAGGCACCGCGCGCCCUGGGACCUGCUGGAGAUGCAGCGCCCGUGGCUGUGGGGCCUGGAAGUGAGCUGCUGGAGUUCACACUUACUGUACCUUUCCGAUCCCCCCUGGAGGCAGACAUGGCCCGAAGAUCUCUGAUCCCAGUUGCCCGACGCCACCAAGGGGUGGUUCAGGAGUCUACAGUGAAUGGCAGCGCCCUGGCUGUUAGAUGGACUGCUGAAGACCCCAUUCUCUUCCGAACUGCCAUCAACUCCUUCCUUGAUCAUCUUUCCCUGGUGAUUCGGAACAUUCGCCGUUUGCGGCCCCGCCUCCCCUAAGCCUAGGCCGAGGAAAGAGAGCUGAGGCCUAACGCUGUGUCCCCUACUAGGCAAGGUAUAGGGAAUUCAGUCUUGGAGUAAUUGCCACUUUGUUAUUGGAUCUACUUUUUUGCCUGUACUGGCCCUUGGUGUCUCUUGGUUCAUUUGCUUUGUUUCUGUGUUGCAUAAGAACUAGGAUGUGUAAAUGUUUAUUACUGAAGGAAAUAAAAUUGAGCUACUUA